UGUGAAGUGUCGUGGAACGCCGGACUCCGUCGAAGCAAACGUGUCUUGUAUAGAAGAGUAGUGAAAGCGAAAGCGGAAUUGGAAAGACGAAUUUUUUUUAAAAAAUCAAUUGGAUAAUUGUCUUAGUUAUUGUUGUUACUAAGAAAGAAGAAGAACUUUUUAACGCUCGUCGAGCUGUUAAAAAUGGCGGCGUCGCGGAACAUCAUCUGGAGGGAGUACAAGUUUUCAGUUGUGUGCAUCAUUUUCAUCUGGACUUUCCUUUCAUUAUCUCGUCAAGGUGUGGAUGCAUUAAAAUUUCUCAGUCCUCCACCCCAAGUUUCUAGUGGAUACCUAGCCAGGAAUAUUGACUUCAACUGUUCAACUGAUGAUGCAAAUGCAACAGUUAAGCUUUUCUUCGCUGCAGACUUUGUAAACUUUAAUGAAAGAACUUUGUCUCUUGAGAAACUUCACCUGAAUAAACAAGUUUUUACAUUGUUGAACCUUGGAGUGAGGGAUGGUGGACAAUAUAGGUGUAAAGCAACAGAUGGAAAAAAAACCAUUGAAUGGCCAAGCACUCAUGGUUUACUCUUUCUUUCUCAAGGAAAAUUGCCAGAUAUUAUACUUGAUCCACCAAGACCAAUCAUAAUACAGCAGGGGCAAACUGGAAAAAUCACAUGUCAAGCUCUUGGUUGGUCAGUCAGCAAACUUGCAUGGAAGAAGCGAACUGACUCUGGUGACCAAAAUGUUCCAGACAGCAAAGUUACAAAUGUUGUAGAUAAGUCUGAAAAUUUAGUGAAAGCAACCCUAACCUUCACUAAUGCUCAACCUCAAGAUAGUGGUGAAUAUAAAUGUGUGCUGACAGCUUUCAACAAACAGGAUUAUAAGCUUGCAAAUAUACGUGUGGAUGCACCUCAACCACCAACUUUGUAUCCAUACAAUGGAGGGACAACAGUUAAUGAAGGGACUGAAAAAACUCUUAGAUGUAUAGCUAAAGCAUCUCCAAAAGCCAAUAUAACCUGGUACAGGCAUGGCAAGGAGUUACAGAACACCACCUCCUGUUCCCCAUCAGAUGAGAAAGAGUGCAAGACUGUUUAUGAGGUUUAUGAAGAUGACCCCACCUCUUCUUUGCACACUACUUUCACUAAACAAGUUCUUCAGAUACAUGGUGCCAUGUAUCCAAGAGACCAAGGGGAGUUCAAAUGCAUUGCAAUGAAUGGCAUUGGUCAACCUGUUGAGUUAAUUAUAGACCUUGAUAUACUUGCACCACCUGCUAUAGAUAAAGAGCGAGAUGAAAUACCAGCUAAAGAAGGGCUGGAAUCAAAAGUGAUCUGCAAGGUGACAAAAUCAAACCCACUUCCCACUUUCACAUGGAAAUACCAAACUGUCAAAUGUGAGGACUGUGUACCUGAUGAAAGCAAUUGGAUUGAUGUUCCGUCUUAUCUUCUUCUUACACCCCCAAAACAAACAAACUUAAGUGAAGUUCGAGUUGAGAAAAGUCAGUCUGCUGCUUUUUACCAUUGUCAAGCUGACAAUGGUGUUGGAAAUGACACUCACAUUGUAAAACUCGUUCGGCUUGCAAAAUCAAAGAAAAUUUAUGAGUUUGAGUCAGACAGUGCAACACAGUUAGAUGAAGAAGGCACUUUGCAUCUCGUUUGCAUCAGGCGAUGUGGUCUCUGGGUGAAGGGUGUACAACUGAAGGUUUCUUCUGCAGAAUUAGUUGCACCAGACAUUAGCAAGUUGCCUGAUAAAGCUGCGAUUCAAGAUGAAGACUUUCAAGUGCAACUGUACUGUAAUGCCACUGGGCACCCAAAGCCAACUCUUAAUUGGUAUUUUGAGAGAAAUGGAGAAAAAGUGCACAUCAAUGAGAAAGGAGAAGGGUUGGGUGGAAAUGUAGAUGCCUGUCAGAAACGGACCUCUGGCUACUUCUUUUUGGUAGACAGAAAUCCUUCUGACCUUGUGAUUUGCCGCCCAAAGCUACAACAUAUAGGAAAAUAUACAUGUCGUGCUAGCAACCCUAGAUUCAAAGUUAAGGAACAAAGUGCAUUCAUCAAUGUGUUUAUGGCAGCAAAAAUCAAAGAGCCGGUGGAUGGGUAUGAAAUUCAGAAACUGAAAGUUGGCCAGAAAUUAAAUGUGACAUGCAGAGCUGAAGGAAUUUCCACUCCUGUUACAAGAGCUGGAGGGUCUCCACUGAGUACUGGUGCCUUGGUUGGAAUUGCCAUUGGUGUGGGUGUCUUGGUUCUUCUUGUACUAGUAAUAUGUUGUGUGGUGUAUCGCAGACAAAAGAGACAGAUUGACGAAUACAAGGAGAUUUACUUCCUACGAAGCUCAGACUACCAGAUCGACCCCGACCGCAGCCUCCUGGAGCAGUGCAGCGAUCUGCCAUAUGACCCAGACUGGGAAUUCCCCGAGGAGAGACUUAUUCUCGGAGAUUUGCUGGGUGCUGGGGCCUUUGGUCAGGUCAUUAAGGCAGAAGCUAUCGGCAUCCUGGCCUUUGAACCACGUGAUAAGAGCGCCGAGUCAUUCAAGCGACGCUCGAAAAUACGCAGGUCCUCGCGGGUCAAAGAUCUGAAGAAAGAAGAAGGCCCCGGAUGGAAAAACACGAGGAUCCCUGUAGCAGUGAAAACCUUGAAAGAGGGUGCAAGUGAAUCAGAAUACAAAGAUUUAGCCUCAGAACUCAAGAUCCUUAUCCAUCUUGGACAACACAAAAACAUAGUGAAUCUUCUUGGAGCUUGUACGCGUGGAAAGCGACUCAUGGUGAUUAUGGAAUUCGCUCCCAACGGCAGCUUACUGUCUUUCCUUCGAGGUAAAAGGGAUAUUUAUGAGCCAGACUGGACGAAGACCACCAAUGACCCGAAUAAAGAAUUUACGCUUGUCGAUCUCGUAAUGAUCAGUUAUCAGGUCAGCAGAGGAAUGGCAUUCUUGGCUUCAAGGAAGUGUGUGCACCGCGACUUGGCCGCAAGGAACAUCUUGGUGGGUGAAGACUAUGUAAUGAAGAUUGCAGACUUUGGUCUUGCUAGAGACAUUUACAAAGAUGAUCUUUAUGUGAAGAAGACGCAAGGAUUACUGCCAGUAAAGUGGAUGGCUCCGGAGUCUCUGUUCGACAGAGUUUACACUGAGAAAACGGACGUGUGGUCUUUUGGUAUUCUGAUGUGGGAAACAUUUACCCUUGGAGGUACCCCCUACCCCGGUCUCCCCACAGAACAGCUUCUUGAUUACCUAAGUGAAGGGAAGCGGAUGGAUAAUCCAGCCAAGUGUCCACUGGAAGUGUACACCGUCAUGAGGGACUGCUGGCUUCACGACCCUGAACAAAGGCCACACUUCGCUACCUUGAACGAGCGACUGGGAAAAAUCUUGGAAAGGCACAUGACAACGGAGAACCCUUACCUUGCGCUUGAGUUGGACGAUGAUGAGGGUGUUGAAAGUCAGGGGUAUUAUCUGCAGCCGUGUGAUUCAGGUCUGCGAGAUUCCAAGCGAUAUGUAGAGUCACCAAUAAGCUCUCCGACAGGCGAACUUCCGCCGAAUACGACCCCGGAAGGAGCUGGAAUGGGGUACGAUUCCCCGUUACCUGCUUUACCACCAGGUCUAGACGUGAUGAGCGACGACGAAAUCAAAAACGCACCCCUGCCUUCCAUCCCUCCCUCGUAUGAAGAAGCUUUGAGCGACGAAGAUGAGUCCCGGCCAAUGAGAGGUGGGAGGACGAACAGUGCAGCAGGAGAGAGCGGUAUUGACGUGGAUGGAUUGGACGAUGGUGAUUACAUUGACGACAUACGAGGGGAUACCCCCUUCCUUUCCCCUGUGGAAAAGAUCCCAGAAACUGACGUUUUGCAGAAAGGAAAUAGACGUAAGAUCGAAACAGCACUUUGAGAAUUUCAAUUCCACUCCUUCAAAUUUUGAAGUUGUCGAAAUUCAGAACAAUAAGUGAGUUGCAGCUGUACGAAAUAACCGCACAGUUAAGGAUCAUUCGACCUUUGUGUAUAGACACUAUUUAAACAGCCAUUGCCAAAGAUACACAUGCUACAUCGAAAGGGAAAGUAAGCUCCACUCAGUUCAUCUUUUAAGUUAAGCCUGUCGCCCAACGUGACAGAUGAUGUAACAAAACUCAGUAACGAUUCGAUUUACUGCUUACACUAUUUAUUUUUGUUUUUUUAUUAAGAGGGUGUCAUUUGCUCUCCUUUGGAGCUAGAAAUGACUGGUUUGUCACUCGUUUGCUAAGCUCUUUUCUGAGAUAACUUUCUCUUAGAGUUCCUAUAUUUGAGACAAGUCUUGUGAAACUCAUAUGACUACUGUUAAUCUUACUCAAGGAAUUAAUGUACACUAAUUACGCUCUGUAUAUCUUUAAAUGAAUGGGUAUAUUUUUGAAGAAAUAAUGUAGAUUCAAUCUUCGAAUUGAAUUUUUGUUACUUUUCUGCUUUGUAAGUAUUAUCUAAGUGAACCUCGUAAUGGUGAAAGAUUUUAGAAAACUAAUUUUAGAAAGGAAAUGAGCUAUUCUGAUAUAAAUUUUCAGUGACAUGUGACCAUUAUAAAAUGCAAAGUGAAGUAACGAUAUCCAUCGAAACAAAGUGUGAAAUUGCUUGCUUUCAUUUCUCUGUGUAAAGUUACGAUAUGUUUAUCAUUAGCAGUUGAUAGUAGUCGCGCGUGUGGUCAGCGAAAUGUUGUUCAGCUUUUCCUAGUUUCAUUCAUAAAUGCAACAAAGCUACGUUUGGCUCAUAUCAUGUCAAGUUAUUUAUUCGAAAUUAACUUUUGAAUUCCGCUGUAUAAACAUGUCGCAUUCAGACCAAAUCUGAAAUGUUAAACUUGAGCGAUUUUCUAACAGAAUGUUAAAAAAAUACGUAGAUGGCACUUUUAAACAACGUCCUCUCUAGAAAUGUAUAUCAAAUGAGAUUAGUAACAUUUUCAUUGUAUAGGUAUAUUUAGGCGCAAGCAACUAAUUAAAUAUCUGAUAAUAAAAAGGCUUUCAAUUCAAA